UGCCAACCUCUUUCACAGUUGAAGUUCAUCACUGAAGCCUGGUUGCAGAUAAUCGAAUGUAGGAGAGUUCUAAAAUGGACAUAUGCCUAUGGAUAUUAUUUACCAGAGCAUGAAGCUGCAAAAAUGCAGUUCUUUGAAUACUUGCAAGGUGAGGCUGAAUCUGGAUUGGAACGACUUCAUCAGUGUGCAGAGAAGGAGUUACAAUAUUACCUCACCGCAGAAGGCCAGUCAAAAGAGUUUAAUGAGUUCCGCAAAAAACUUGCAGGACUAACCAGUGUGACGCGGAAUUACUUUGAGAAUUUAGUACAAGCUCUUGAGACUGGUUUAUCGGAUGUGGAUUCCCAUGGUGGUUGUAACAGGACAGAUAGCUCCAAGAACAAAGGAUGUGGAAGCAGUAAGGGUGGGAAUGUCAAAGAGUUGACAUCAAGUGAUAGUGUUAGUAGAAUCUCAACAAUCCAGGCUACUGGUCCUGUGAACAUUGCACCUUUGCAAAUAUCAGUUCAGUCACCACCUGUGAGGUGUGCGACCAACCCCAGUAAAUCUCAAGUGCUGUGUUAUAGUUAUGAUGGCCAAUAACAUUUGAGUGUCAGCAGGAGAAGGAACUGUUUUUCCAUUCCACAUUCCAAGCAUAUGGCGUCUAUCCUUUGAUUGGCCCCAGCAAAAAUUGAAAUAAGAAACCUUUUUGUCUUGGCAUCAACAUUCCUGAGGUGCAUAACAUGUGUAAUUGGCAUUAAUUGCUGAUUUUUUAUGAUAUUUUCUCAGGGAAAGGUACCUUCACCUUGUGUAGCAUGCAUAUAUCUGUUUAAUGUACAGAGUAGUAAGUACAGCAUAUCGGCCCCUGAACCAGUCGUGUGCGGAUGAUCAUCCCAAAAAUCAAGGUUUGAUAUUCCACAACUGUGACGUUAAAAGGUUGAUCUUCCACAAAAACAAGUUGAGGGACUGAUAAGACUUUUUCGCCUUUAAUAUAUGAGAAAAUGACAC